UGCAUUUGAACGGAGCGAGAACUCACGAAACACAUACUCCAAAUUAAGAAGUUGAAAAAAUCAAGAGAACCGGAUAUUGGGAUAGAAGUGAUGACAAUGUUGGAAUGGUGCGUUGGAAUUGCAACCACCCUGCUGAUUUUUCUCAUCUACUUUGCAUAUUUCUUCAAAUUCAACUGGGUGAAAGACAUGAGAGCUGAAACUAAGACGCAACAGUUACGCAACUUUUACAUGAGUAACAAACAUCGGAAGGGCAAACUACCUCCGGUAUAUCCAAACGGAUGGUUCGCUCUGCUCGAAAGUUCGCAGAUAAAAAGUGGUCAGGUGAAACAUGUGUCUGCUCUCGGCGAAAAUUUCGCGGUAUUCAGAACUGAAAAAGGCGAUGUCAACAUUUUAGACGCAUAUUGCCCGCAUUUAGGGGCAAAUAUGGCCGAGGGUGGCCGUGUCAAGGGAGAUUGUCUGGAGUGUCCUUUUCAUAACUGGACGUUUCGCGGAGAGGAUGGCUACUGCGAAAACAUACCUUAUACUGAAAAAGUGCCACAUAUCGCCAGAGCAAAAGUUUGGAAGAGCUGCGAAGUGAAUCACAUUAUCUUCGUCUGGUACCACUCUGAAUCAGCUGAGCCAGACUGGCAACCCCAACCGUAUACAUGCAUCUCCAACGGGUCCUGGCGUUACCAAGGUCGCAAUGAGUACCUUGUUAACAGCCACAUACAGGAUAUAACUGAGAAUGGGUCUGAUUCCACGCAUCUCAACGCACUGCAUGGUCCAGGUCCAUGGUUCUCUGGCAACUUUUCCUGGUUAGCUCGUCACUCAUGGACUGUUUACACGAAUUGGCGGACACAUUGCGAUAAUCAAACGGACGAGGAUGAAGAAACAAUAAAGACGAGCGCCAAAUUGAAGAAUCAAAUGCGCGCGUCAAUCCACUCAAUCGAGAAUGACAAAGGGAAUGAUCACUUUGUAAUCUCACAGAACAGCAGUAAAGAGAGACACAAGGUCAGUGUGCAUGUGGGCCACAAAUUGAUCUUGUUAGAACGUUUUAGCGUAAUGGAGGUGGAUAUAUAUGCCGAACAAAUUGGACCUGGCUACGUCGAGAUGACGUUCAAUACGUCGAUCGGGUCUAUGUGCAUACUGUUCAUAAUAACGCCGGUCGAACCGCUGCUACAACGGGUGAUUCAUCUGAUCUUCUCGCCACCUCUGCUAGCGCCAUACGCCAAUCUGAUUUUCCUGGGCGAUCGAGUGAUGUUUGAGCGCGACAUUAGGAUAUGGAACUCUAAGAAAUUCGAGCAACACCCGAUCCUGGUGCGCGAGGAUCGCACUAUCCAAGUAUUUCGUCGUUGGUAUUCACAGUUUUACUCUGACCAUAGUCCCACCUAUCAAAUGGCCAUGAAAGAUCUACAGUGGUAG